CUAUAUAGUGCACUUGGUUAGUCAUUUAGGAUACAGCCAUGUGAACUUCUCCGAGCCAGUGACCGGCUGCUGCUCUGUACUGUAAUGGCCCGGGUAGCUGUAAACACUCCAAUGUCGUUUAGUUAACAUAUUUUGCUGCAAGGUGGACAGGCCUGAGGCCGGCGCUCCGGGCAGAAACCAUGCAGCAAAAGCGGAACAUCCAAAUCAUAGAAUGGGAGGACUUAGACAAGCGCAAGUUCUACUCUUUCGGCGUCUUCAUGACCAUGACCAUCCGUGCUACGGUCUACCCUGCCAUGCUCAUCCGCACCAGGCUGCAGGUUCAGAAGGGAAAAUCUCUCUAUAGCGGCACCUACGACGCCUUCCGGAAAAUCCUGCGAGCCGAGGGGAUUAGGGGACUUUACCGCGGUUUCAUGGUGAACACCUUCACGCUCAUAUCAGGGCAGGCGUACAUCACCACGUACGAGCUGGUAAGGAAGUAUGUCUCCAGUUACUCCAAGGACAACACUGUGAAGUCGCUGGUGGCAGGAGGGUCGGCAUCGCUGGUUGCCCAGAGCAUCACAGUCCCCAUCGACGUGAUCUCUCAGCAGCUCAUGAUGCAGGGUGAAGGGGAGCAUCUGACACGCUUUAAAGUCAAACCAAAAGCGGCAUCUGGAGCAAAGCACAGAGUCACUUUCGGCCAGACGAGAGACAUUAUAGCUCAGAUAUUUGCAGCAGACGGGUUCCGUGGGUUCUACAGAGGAUAUGUGGCGUCUCUUCUCACAUACAUACCCAACAGCGCAGUCUGGUGGCCUUUUUACCACUUUUACGCUGAACAGCUCUCCAAAAUGGCACCGAGUGACUGCCCACAUUUAGUACUGCAAGCCAUGGCUGGACCACUAGCAGCUGCCACUGCCUCCACCGUCACCAAUCCAAUGGAUGUAGUCCGAGCCAGGGUUCAGGUUGAAGGCAGGACGUCAGUCAUUGAGACUUUCAAGGAGCUGCUCAGAGAAGAAGGAUUCUGGGGGAUGACCAAGGGUCUCUCUGCCCGCAUCAUAUCCUCCGCUCCUACAGCAAUAGUCAUGGUGGUCGGCUACGAAACUCUGAAAAAACUGAGCCUCCGGCCGGAGCUGGUCGAUUCCAGACACUGGUAAAGGAGCGGUUGUGUCUCAGCUGUCUCAUCAGUGACUUCCUCUGUCCACAUCAUUCAUUUCAGCUUUGGUACUUUAAACAUGUUGCCUCAUGGCUUUUCAGUGUGUCAUUGAUGUAAUUUUAUAAUUGACGAUAAAGGGAAUGUUUAAUUUGUCAUUACUGUCAUUGAAUAUGAUUUAAGUGGGAAAUGCUGCUCAGGUCUGACAGGAAAUCUGCUUGCUUGAAAACUGUAAAAUAUUUUAUUGGGUAGAGGGGAACUUUUAUUGUGUAUUUUAAUUUAUUUUUUGUUACAAACUAGGUAUUUGAGAUCGUUUUGAUUUCAGUGGGGUAAAGUUUAUUUCAGGAUUGUUGUAAGUGGUAUCUGCUACCUGUCCUUUGCCACUUUGUGUUUACUACUGCACUGGAUAAUGCUCCCCCUGACAUUUCUUUCUAAUCUAUAUUUCUAAUCAUGUGAAGAGUGUCAUUAAUUUUUAAAAGGAAAAAGCAUACUACUUGCACAGGAUGUGUGAGGAAAUAUGCGAAGUGUGAGAUCGUAAUGCUCUCAAAAUGUACUAUAAAUAUAUAACCUGUCAAACCUU